UGAAUGUCCCCUCCACCGAAAGCGCCGCCACCAGGCAUUCCACCGGGUGCCACGCUCCGACUGCACGAUAGAAGACGUUCGCCGUUCGUCGAGUUAGUCGAGCUCUGACACCAGUCGCGAGCGGUCGCAACUUUAGCGGCGUUUAGAGAAAACGAAACGAGCAAACGAGCGCAUACUCUCGAUCGUCACGUUUCCUUCACGUUCACGUUCACCGUCGGGUUCACCCUCUCGUACCGCGAUUCUCUCAAUCAGUCCGUCAUCCGCAACCAUUCGCGGACGAAGGAGACAUCGAGCGCAGCUGAUCAUUGGAUUAUCAGUGAAGUGAUCGAUCACGUUUCACAGUGCUUUCACGUCGAUCAGAAUUAUUCAGCUUGGAAGUUCUCAACACUUCUGUGAUACGGGAAGCAAAGUAAAUAAUGGUGACCGGAGUGGGUGCCACGAUGCCGACCGGCGGUGUCACCGUCGGCGCUACUCCACCCGCGCAGCACGUGCCCCAGGAGGCUGGCCAGCCCCCUGCGCAAACUACCCCGACGGCCACGACAACUACGAGAAGAUCCGGGGAAAAUCGACGGAGCAAUAAGCCUAUCAUGGAGAAAAGACGUCGAGCCCGUAUUAACAACAGUCUGAACGAUUUAAAAACUCUCGUUUUGGAAUCUAUGAAGAAAGACCCAGCUAGACACUCGAAGCUCGAGAAGGCUGACAUUUUGGAACUGACCGUGAAGCAUUUGGAGACCCUACAACGGCAGCAAGUCGCUAUGGCUGCCGCGGCAGAUCCGAGCAUCCUCAACAAAUUCCGCGCCGGUUACACGGAGUGCGCCAGCGAAGUUGGCAAAUUUCCCGGUCUGGAAGCCUCGGUGAGGAGACGUCUGAUGUCCCAUUUGGCCUCGUGCCUGGGUCCGGUCGAUGCUGGCAACGGCCAAACGACGACGGCGACUCAACAGGCUGUCCAACCGGCGCCGCCGACGACACAAUUGCAAGUACACAUUCUGCCUCAACUUGACACCACGCCGCGCAUCCAGGUCCAGCAAUCGAAUGGCAUUUUCUUCACCAAUGCCAACGGUACCGCCCUGCAUCUGUUACCGACCAGAUUACCGAACGGUGACAUCGCUCUGGUGCUCCCGGCGGGCGCGAAAGCGCCGGUUACCUCGUCGCCGUCGUCGUCCCCGGCGCCAAGUUCGCCGUUACCAACUCUGAUCCCGAUCCCCCAGAGGACCGCGAGCACCGCAUCCGCAUCGUCGACGAGUUCGUCCAACAGCUCGACAUCCACGUCGGCGGGAAGUCCGGUGGCGUUCGAGGCACCCCCGACGUCGUUCCGCGAGCAGGCCACCGCCUACAGCCCAGCCAACAGUCACCGGGACGUCGCCACGUCUCCGGCCAACAGCUAUAGCGAUUCGGAGUUCGAAUCGCAAUGCUUCCCCCAGAAACCUCUCGCGCUGGUGAUGAGGAAGAGCGUGGUGCCGCCAAUCGACGACAAACCAUGGAGGCCGUGGUAAAAGAAAAAGAGGAAGAAAAAAUACGGACACGACAUGUGCGUGACUAUGAAGUGAUAUAAACUUGAUACGUGUCGAUGGUCAUCCGCGGCCGAAAACGCGCCGAUUCAACGUGCUGAUUUAUGCGUCGCGUAAAGAAAUUCCGCGGAACGGAAACAUGUUCCUCAAUUACGUAGAUCAUUGUAGACGAGCGGUCCCGUCCGUAGGAGGACAUCGCCGUGAAAAAGUAGAGGAUCGUUAAGAGACGCCAGUUUAUUUUCCGGAGUGCGCGUGCACAGUCGGCCAGUAGCCAAUGAGGCAGUGCCUUCUUAAAUAGUGCCUUGUAGAUAUAUCAUUAAAUUUCAGCAUGUCAAAAAUUGAAGAUGAUUUUUCCGGAAUAUAUCUCGAAAUAUCGCGUCGGUCCUUUUUUGUCUUAUCCCGCAUCGCCCUAUCCUUAUCUCCUUUCUCGUCGAUCCUCUCUGUAUAGUUAUAUGAAUACUAUAUUUUAAGUGCCUUACGCAACAAGAAUCACCGAGGUCUUCCAUUCUGUUUCUUGUAUGUAAAACGCUAAACGAUUUGUAGUAUAUCGUUGUAAGUACGAAAAAUGUUUUUAAUCGACUUUAGGCUUAGGAUUUAUGUUAAGAAGUCGCAAGCGAGUAACAGCGUGUACGAGAGAUUGUACAUAUGAGCGAUAACCGAAAGAGAACACGUUAUUUAUAUUUAUACGAAUGCAAAAGAGGUAACAUUUAUAAUUCCUCUCUAUUAUGAGAAUAGACAACCAACGCUUAUCAUUGCAAGAGUAUCAAAUAAAUGUUGAUCUCUUUCUCAAUACAA